GUUCCGGGUGAACGAACCCAAAUCGCGCGUGCGCUGUUGUGGCCCAUGCUGUGGCGGCGCGGCGAUGGAACCGGCUGAGCUGCAGAACGAGCUAGUGUCAGCCGAGGGCCGGAACCGGAAGGCGGUACUGUGCCAGCGUUGCGGCUCUAGGGUGCUGCAGCCAGGGACUGCUCUUUUCUCUCGCCGACAGCUUUUCCUCCCCUCCAUGAGAAAGAAGCCAGCCCUGGCUGAUGGCAGCAAUCCCGACGGUGAUCUCCUCCAGGAGCACUGGCUGGUUAACGACAUGUUCAUCUUUGAGAACGUGGGCUUCACCAAGGACGUGGGCAACAUCAAGUUUCUGGUCUGUGCGGACUGUGAGAUUGGACCCAUUGGCUGGCAUUGCCUAGACGACAAGAACAGUUUCUAUGUGGCCUUGGAACGAGUUUCCCACGAGUAACUGAGGGACUCGGCUCCACCCUAGAAAGCUGUCCCCACCAGAACCGACUUUGCACCUGCCGUGGCUGCUGUGCUGGCCAUCUCCUCUAAGCGCUGACGUUUGCCCUUGAACUCAGAGGACGUCCUGCCGCCCUCAAGCCUCAGUGCCUCCUCCCACAUAGUCCUCUGUGCCUGCGUCACAGCUGUCCUCACCCCUGCCUCCCCAAUUCGGAACAUGGGAAAACAUGGCAGUCUGGUCCCUGGCCGCCUUCCAGGGCUCCCUUCCUGCUCAGCUAGAGCAGCAGUCAACUUUUCAGCCGCGGUGACAGGGAAAGAUGCUCACUUGCUAAUAGUGGGAACUCCGUCAAGAAGCCAGGCCAGGUGUGGUAGGCGCACACCUGCAGUCCUUCUUCUUGGAAGGUGGAAGCAAGAAGGUCAGGAGUUCAAGGCCAGCCUCAACCACGUAGUGAAUUCUAAGCCAGGCUGGGCUCUGUGAGAUGUCUCAAAAAACAUAAAGCAAAUAAGUAUUUGCAAGUGACUUUGUUGUGUGCGACCUGCUUGUCUACAACAGUUUAUUCUCUUUAAACGUAAAACAUUUACAAAUGUCAGUAUUUAAACCACUAGUCAGAAACAUAUUGCUUCAGGCACAUUUUCAGUACUGUGUCCGGACCCUUUGUUCCAGGUUGAUAGUGACAUCCUUCAAUGAAGAUGGAUGUGGGCGGGCGUCCUUCCCACAGAUCUCGAUUGGGUUUCUCUUUGUGUUAGUGCCUCCCUGCUGCAGUCUGCAUUGUUAACCCUGGGGAAACAGCCCUGACUGUGUGUACCAGGCUCUUUUGGAUCAGGAUGGAGGAUGGAGGAUAUACAGAGGAUUGCUUAGCUGCAUCACACCUGGGUUUAGUAGGAAAGAUUUCUUUAAUGGGUAAGGCCAUAUUUCAUAAAUACAAGUUGUAAGGUCCUCAGGAGUUUGGUUCACUUGGACUGUUUAUACCAGCCCAGGAUGCAAACCCUUUCUACCAAAAUUUCCAUCGUUUCAGGGUUGGUAUCACCUUUUCUUAUCCGCCAACUUCUAUUCUGAAGUGACUCAGUAGCUUAAGGACUCUGUAGUAACCGUUCAAAUACUUUGCCAUCAUCCCUUCCCCUGGAGGCCUAGCACUGAAACAUGGCCUAAGUACAGACCCUGUUAUUCCUUAGAAUACCAGUCAUGGCAGACCAAGGACAUCCUCAGUUACAGAUCGAUUCGUGGCCACCCUGUACUACAUGAGAGCUUGUCUCAAGAAAACAACAGAUAGAAGUCGGGAAGGUGGAUCAGCAGUUAAGAGUGUUUGCUGCUUUUUCAGAGGACCUGAGUUCAAUUCCUAGCACCCACAUUAGGUGGUUCCCAGCUGCCUUUAAGGCCAGUUCGAGGGGAUCUGCACUCUGGCCUCUGCAGCGGCCUGCACACGUGUGACGUCCAUACAGACAAACAGGCACACGCAUACAAAUAAAUAAAAAUUUUACACAUUAAAAGGCAAAAGUUUCAGUCGGGUGGUGGUGGCGCACGCCUUUAAUCCCAGCACUCGGGAGGCAGAGGCAGGCCUGGUCUAUAAAGCAACUUCUAGGACAGUCUGGGCUGUUACACACUGAAACUCCCUCUGUAUCUGCUUCCUCACUGAAGUUUUCUGAGGACUCCCUCUUAAAGUACAGGCCCCGAGCACAGUUUUGCCAGCACCCUGCUCACUUAGGUGGUUUUCUAUCCCACUCAGAGUCUGUGUGGGCUCUACUGGCAAGGGAGAGACUGUUUUCCAGACAGAUAAGCAAGCACACCUGAGUGUGGCUUUUGCAGGAAAACAGCUAAGACUACCGACCAGCUCAGAUCAGAAGGAACAAAGCAAGCAGAUGCUCUAGGGACGCAUGGGCCCUCACUUCACAAGUCAAAGACCCAAGCUGAACUAGGCUUAACUCCUGCCUGCCUUCUAACCACAGAAAUAAUACAUGAUAAGUAUAUAUCAAUGUAAGAAUCAGUAUAAAGUUCUAAUUAACUCACCUCCACUGGGCAGAGCUUGCCAGUGGUAAUGUGUAUAUCCUGGCUUCCUAUGUGCAGACAUGUAGUUUUCUAAACAAGAAUGAGUUCAUACUGUACUCUUUUAUAGCUUGUUUUUCAUUUACCCAGACAGGAACAUCUUCCUUGUCAGUAGACACCCGGCCAUGAACACUGUUGCCAAUGCUCCAUUGUAUUGCUGGGCUGUGAUUUCAGUAAUCCACUGUUGUGUUGCCUACCGUUGCUCCUAACAGUGACACGAUGAGCAAGGGUGUUAACUGUGUUUUCGUCCUUAUUUCCUCGGCUUGCGUCAUAAGGAGCGCAGUCGCAGGGUGGGCCUGCUGUCGAAGCUCUGUCGUGUGGACGUUCCUCAGAGCCACCUUGUCACCCCACUCCAGUCUUCUCCUCCCCUACUAACACUGGAGGGUCUUAUCAUUAAGAAACACUUGCACUUCCAUAUUUUAAAGUAUCUUACUGUUUUAUUUGUACUUAUUUCUGGUGUAAGAAAAUCUGGUCGCAUUAUAGUUUUUGUUCGUUCAUUUUGAACUGUGUAGACCAAGCUGACCUGAAACUCAACUUGUUCCUUUUUCAAGAACUGCCAAAAGUUGUUGGCCCAGUGACCAAAAAAAGCUGAACUACUGUUCUGCCUUUUCGGUUUGAUGUAAAAGAAAUAAAGUCAUUUAAGCAGUGAA